UGCACUUCCAAUCGAGAUCUGGCAAGCCUCCUGACAGAACAUUUUUCGUAUACGUCUCAAGAGACAUUUCUUAGUCUGUGAGUAAGUCUUUCAAAAAAAAUUGCAGACUGAAAUGUCUUUAUACGUUGAUCAAUUUCCAUCGUCCAGUAGUGCACUUGGAAUGGAUUUCAAGGAGCUGGGAGGCGAGGACCACUCCGACGUAGAUACAGAGGGGGACACUGAGGAUUUGAAUAAUGUGAAAGCACUUACCGAAAAACUAAAGUUACAAACUCGCAGACCAUCUUACUUAGAAUGGCAGGAGCGAUUGCAGAGCCUACCUUGGAAGGAAAACCCAAAUGGUUCAGAUAAUAAGCCAGAGACUGCAGAAAAAUAUGUUUUCUUACCUGAAAUUAUGCGGGAUGAGAAUUCUGAUCUAACCAUCCGCAACAUCUGUGGUUUCGAUACCAUUGAUGAUGCGUUGGAUUUUCUUAGAAAGGAGCUGAGGGAGAUGAGGUUCCAGGACAACCGCCUGGCCCGCCAGCUUAUCCGUCUUCGUGUUGAGAUCCACCGGCUGAAGGUGGAACAGGUGUGUCAUCGCCACAAGGAGAUGCUGGACGACGCCACAUAUGAACUGGAGGAGUGCGGAGAGGAGUCUGACCUGCUCUGUGACAUCCCCAUGAAGGCUGCCUUUGCCCUGUCCACUCCCCUCAAACACCUGGGCCUCACCAAGAUGAACAUCAACUCCAGACGCUUCUCCCUCUGUUAAAACAGACGCCACCAUGCCAGGAUGGAUUUGCUGUAUCUGAUUUGCUGUUUCUAAUCCAUGCAGGUUAUUCCAUGGCACAAGUUUCUGUUUUGGAAUUAGAGGGAAGAAGGAUGGCCAGCAGAGCAUGCAGACAACAUUUGACCAAGCGGGAAAACAUGGAAAUCAUUCCUUUGAUCUGUGCCUCCGCCAUAAUAUGAGAGACACACAGGUCUCCAUUGUAGAGCCCUGCAGACAUUCAUAGGAGAGCAGCAACUUUCUUCCUGCCCCCAGGAAAGGUGCUGACUAAAAGAUCAGAGUUGAUAUGACCGGCAAGAUUACAAUGAGGUGUGAAUCUUUGAUGAAUGGGGCCUGAAGUUGGAUCACCAUGGUGUCAUAUCAAUUGCACUGUACUCAAAACAUUAGUUAACAUCACCCUCUAAAAGAAUGAAGACAGUCUGCCAUGUUGGUAAACAUUAUAACAAGGGAUAUCUCUUAAAGAGCCACCCUGGUCACAUGAUCAGCCGUCGGAAAUUUCCACCUUGCUGAAAUGUCCCGACCAGCAAACCAAAUGUGAAACUCAUUUUUGUGAACUGUCUGUUUUUGGAGGAGCAGGCCAUUUCAAUUAGGUGAUUUUAUGACCGGAGAACACCUCCAAGAGAUGAAGAACAUGGGAAUUGUCUUUCUUCAAAUAAAGAAACAACAGUCAAUGGCGCUAACAGUGACGAACAAGAGUCGUGUAAUCCCAGCCCAGGAAGAAGGAUGGUAUGUUCUGUAAGAUAUCAAACUAGUCACCCCACUAGGCACAUGUUCCCAAAUCUUCUUGAAAGCCCAGACCCAGGGGAAGGCAUCCCCCCCCCCCCCCCCCUCUGCACUGGCUGAUUCCCAGACACUAGUCCACAGGAAGCUGGAUUUCAUGUUCCAACAUUCUGUCACCUCUUCUUCAGGGACCAAAAAUAAAUAACAUGGGGUUGUGGCCUCAAUAAUAGCUCAUAAUGGGAGGCUAUGUGUUAUGUACUCAGUGUAUUUAAUAUUCCACUAGAUUAGAUAGGAUGUAGUCACAGUUGAGCCCACUACUACAGGGACGUUUAGAUGACAUUUAUGCGGUUGAAGAGCAUUUUCAGGAAGAUAGUAGGAUGUGAAACAUAGAUUUUUUGUGGUAAUUGAGAGGGAGUUAAUGUUUUUGAAGGUUGUUUAUCAGUAUGGCAAAAUGUUUGAUGAACCGGGAAACCCCAUGAGAUUCAAAUUGUCUGGAGGACGGGGGAACAACCAUCAGCAGGGAUUUCCUGGUCUCGCCUCCUUCUAGCAGCUCCUCAGGCAGCUUGGGCACCUGCAGAAGUUACUAAGGUUGUCAGGUGAUUUAGUGUGCCGACACACGUGUUCAUACCACUGGUUGAAGUAGCAAUGUGGAAGGAAACAGACUGGCUUGGCACAGCUUUGUAGCACCAGAACCUUUGGAACCAUGCAGUGACACAUUUUAAUCUGGUUUUGUUGUCAUGGGUAAGUAUUGGCACAUGACAUGUGGGCCUACACAAUUUCAGGGGCUUGUUUUAGCUCAGCAAUGCCGCUUUCACAGCUAACGGCCAAGAAUUGCAGAAUGCAUCUUUAAGUGAGUUAUAUUCAGAAAGUGUGUUCCACAAAGAAAUGAAAUUGAAAUGCGUAUCCAUGUAAUAGGAGGGUAUGAAAUGAUUGUUAUUUUAAAUAUCAUGUUUUUGUGGGCUUAGCAGUGCACAAAUUACGUUUUGUAAAUAUCUCCAUGUUUCCGGACCCCUAGUAUCUGCUCAAAUGUUGUCCAGUGGCUGACUGUACAGUAGUUAUGCUAUCUUUGCUUUAAUACAGUUGUGUAUGAUGAAACUGGGGGAAGGGAGCAGAAAGGAGGCAAAAAGUGUGUUUAAAACUUUGUUGUAAUGUUAUUACGUUAGAUAUACUCUAAGUGCCUUUUUCCAUUCCACUCUACUAAUGUAGGAAUAUACUGUGGCCAUAAUUUAUUUUAUGAUAUCUGUUUUCGAGAUGCUUGUUUAUUUUUUUAUGUCAUUUACAGACACUGUGGUGUGACCAAUUAGGUUGAAGUGCCUUGCUCAAGGUUACAAUAAUGGACUUUUCACCUUGUCAGCUCAGAGAUUGAAACUAGCAACAUUAUAUCUGCUGCCUUAUUUAUCAACUCAAAUGUAACGUCAUCUAAACCAGGCUUCCAAGAAGGACCGGCAACAGCAUGAUGCGAGUCACAAGUAAAAAAUGCAACAAACUUUAAUUAAAAUAAUCAAAUGUUGUCUGUCGGUCUAUUCAAUUGAGAACUGGGUAGAUGACCUCAGUCAUCACCUGAUACCUCACUGAGUGCUCAGUCAGCUGUAACCAUUGACUUCCUGGAAUCCCUUCAGUUCAUAUCUUUCAUUUACAUCAGGUGAUUUUAACUGUCGUGGUGUAGUCUUGUUAGAAUAGCCUUUAAAGUGGUAAUCCACCCUGAAACACGAAUAAUUAAACUAUCAUUGUCAUUUGAUAGUCAAUUUGGUGAAAGCCUACGUUGUGUCAUUGGGUAAGGUAAUGUUUUGCCCAUUAUUUAACUAAGUAAUCCAACUGUGAAAACAGGAAAUCUAUUAUUAUGUUGACACACUUUCCAGCAAUGCUGACGCUCAGUUAAAAAUAAACCUAGCCAGCCAGGCUGUCUAAAGAGCAUUGGAGUGUAGGGUUUGUAGUUGUCUCAGUUGAGUCUCAAUUGCUUUUUUCCCCACAAAUUUCACAUUACUUGCUAACUUAUUAUAACUAUAUUAUAACUAAUUUCACAAUAUAUUUUGUAUCAUAUAUAUGCAUUAUUUAACAAUGUAUAUCUUAGAAAUGUGUGGUUUGGGGUGAAUUACCCUUUU